GUAGUUUCCCCUAUCACACACAUCGACCUUCUCCGUUAACGUAAUAUUUAUUAACCAACCAACUAAGCAGAGCUAUUGGAUCCAAGGGAAUACCGAUCUGAAGCCCGGAAUGGAUGACCCUCGAUUCCAGAAUACAUCCUCAUAAUGUUGUUAGUUUCGACUCACCGCCAUUUCUCUGAUUCUGACUCACUCAAUUCUCCCUCUCCCUACCAAAAAAUUUUUGAAUUUUUUCUACUUUUUAUUGUUUGUUUCCUUCCGAAACGGACCGGCUUUUCCUUAAAUUUACGAAAGCAUCCAUGUGCCCGUACGUGGCACUUUGAGCUAAGCCUGAUGUAAUUUAACUUUUCAAGUGAGGUCUAAAACGUCAAUUGGAUAUUUAAGAAGAAAAAGAAAAGAAAUGACUUCCCAAUUCCCAGUCCCACAGAAUCAGAGUAAUUCAUUUCCAAGCAAUAAGUUUUAGGGUUUUGAGUUCUGUUCUCUUGACAAUGGCUGCGAUUUACAGUCUUUACAUAAUCAACAAAUCAGGAGGUUUGAUAUUUUAUAAGGAUUAUGGAUCCAAGGGGCGGAUGGAUACGAAUGAUAGCUUGAGAGUGGCUAGUCUAUGGCAUUCGAUGCACGCUAUCUCACAGCAGCUAUCUCCUACCACUGGUUGUUCUGGAAUUGAGCUACUUGAAGCUGAUACAUUUGAUCUCCAUUGUUUUCAAUCUCUUACCGGGACGAAGUUCUUUGUAGUUUGCGAACCUGGGACACAGCACAUGGAGGCUCUCUUGAAAGUUGUUUAUGAGCUCUACACAGAUUAUGUUUUGAAGAACCCCUUCUAUGAGAUGGAGAUGCCUAUACGAUGCGAACUCUUUGACAUCAACCUGACACAGGCAGUACAGAAGGAUCGUGUUGCGCUUUUGGGGCGAUAAGCUGUCCUGGAACCUUUAUCUUACCAAAAUGUCACCAUCUCUUAUCUUCAUCAGUACACUUUUGAUGGAAGAUUGCUAUCAAGUUUGUAUCAACCUGUGUAUUGGGAUAUCAUCAUGCUCCUUUGUUUAGCUCAUAAGUGCUGAAUCAUUUACAACAUAUGAUGAUUUCUGGAGUUGUUUCUCCCAAUUAACAUUUAUAAAAUUAAUGAAAAAAUCCUUUUAGAGGCA